AUGCUUGUGUCUCGUACGACAGGACCCGAACAAUUCAUUGUUCCUGGAAAUAUAUGGCAUGGAUCCUCCUCACCCAAAUCCUCCUCAAGGAAGAUUGCGGAGCAUAACGACUUUCUGACUCUUCUGUCUCCACGACAGCCCACCAAGAAGUCUGUAGAUAGCGCAAUGUCUACAGCAGUCGCUAGUGCUGCCACUGUCUUAGGCGACGGCGUCUUUGCGUUCCCAAAUGUGAAGCAUAACAAGAACGGGACAACUUAUUUCGGAUCUAAACCCAGAGAUGCAAGUCAAACUCAACCUCGGGUCAGUGCGAAGACAACAAAAAUCAAGGAGCGUGGAAACUCGGACGAAGAAAAGAGAGAUAAUGACUCACCACUAAACAUCAUACAGUCAGCCCAUAAUAUGGAUAUAGAUCUUCUAAGUGACAUUCUGUACAAGCAUGCCGUAAUCAAAGAUUUGGCUGUCCCGGAAGCAAGAAAUAUCAGCAUACCAAAAGGCUACGCCAUGGAUGGUGAGAUUAAGCCGGCCGACAUUUACAACAUGAGACAGGGUAUCAAAAGCGACCUCAAGCGUAAGCGGCAAGAAGGUGUUCGAGUAAAAUCUAGCGAGUCUAAACAUCCUGGCGGUUUCCGUCCCCAUGAAGUCAACAAUUGCGGAGCCGUCAGCCUCAAAGGAUGCAAGGCUAGCUCUCUAGACAUUGAUAUACACCCAUUGCUUGCAAGAGCUCGGUUUGAUGACACACCCGACGCAGUCUAUGAUCAGCUCGCUCCCGCACUUCGUCUUGCGACGAUGUUUCUGACGCAACCCUCCUGCAUGCAAUUCUGGAUUACUGUCGCUUUGGGAGAGCGAGUUGACGAUGACGAGAUGACCUCAAAGUUUGCCAAAAAUUGUCAGCGGAUUCGGAAUCAUGUCGAGCUCACGGAAGAAAAUGCGGCGCGAAUAAUCAAGCAUCUGAAGGAUGUAGGGGAAUCAGACAUCAUACACUUUGCUUUCAAGCAUAAGCUUCGUACUGGUACAGCGGACGUUUGGGCCAACUCUGGUCCAAUCUGCGACUAUCUCGGGGUGAAACGGGCCCCAGGACUGAAAGGCACACUCACCCGUUCGAUAAUUCAGCUUCACGCAGAUUAUUACGUCGUAGCAAAGAAGCUCAGCCAGCUCAAAUAUCCAGAAGUCUCCCAACAGCUGCGCUUCUGCUUCCUCUUCGCUAAUCUGAUGAUGCACGAACUAGCUCACUCCAUAGAAGGAGCAUAUAUUCGAAUGCGACACGAGCAAUGGGCAGAAUUUCAGCGCUCGAGGACUUAUACGGAACCUUUUUGGCUCGACUGGCAGCGACCGCCCGAGUGUGGGAAAGCUUGGGAGCACACGAUGUUCGGUGGCGAGAUUCACCCAAUCAACAACCGUGUCGACGGUUCCCACGGUAUAGGUACGAGUGACUGGCCGCCUAGAGGUACAAGCGAUCACCCGGACAGGCGGACGUGGUACACACUACCAAUGAAAUACAUAGAGGGGCUUUUCCAAAAAAGCACGUGGCAAAAGAAAUACGCUCUUGACGAUACCUCAGCUUUUCACAUACCGCGGACGGGAGCCACAUCGCUAUACAUGAACUUCUUUACAACAAUGCCGUUGUCGUCCCUUGCGAAGACAGUGUAUGGGGACACGGAUUUGAUGGAAAUCGUGACCGAGGAGCCGCCCUCGAAAUUGAGAAAGAAGGCUACCGGAGCGAAAGAAGCACAUCGGCCGACCCCUGAAGAGGUGGCUCCACAAACCUUACCCACAGAAAAGAGUCACCCGCCGAAAUUUCAAAAUACGAAGAGUCUGCUGUCUGUCAUGUCUGGGCCGCUGCCGACGUCGCGAGAGGCGGCACCCACAGAUAAAAUCAAGCCUUUUACGGUGCAAGAGCUCCAUUGGUUUAAAGAGAAGCUUGCAUCUCAACAGACAGAUCUAGAAAGCAGCAAUGUCGUGGUUGAAAAUUGA